UCGCAACGGCCGCCGCCGCGACGAGCAAUUCGCGGUGUCGACGGCUGCGAUGGGACCGCAGCACCUCUCAGCGGCGGUGACGUGCCUCUUGCUGGUGCUCGGCUGGCCUCGACCAGCGUCGGCUAACUGGAUGUACCUGGGAACCCUCGGUGGCCGCGUGGACACGGUGUGCGAGUCGGCGCCGCUCCAAGUCCAGCGGCAGCUGUGCCGCCAGCAGCCGGGCACCGUGGCAGCUGUAGCGGUGGGCGCACGGCUGGCGCUCGCCCACUGCCAGAGGCUGUUCCGCCACGAGCCGUGGAACUGCUCGCAGCACAGCUUCGGGCACACGCUUCGCAGAGGCAGCCCCGAGACGGCGUUUCUGUACGCCCUGCACAGCGCCGGCGUGGCACACACGGUGGCUCGCGCCUGCGCCACUGGCCAGCUGAAGGAGUGUGCCUGCGGGUCGACCGCCGCCGCGCAUGGAGCCUGGCGCUGGGGCGGCUGCUCCGACGACAUCCAGGCGGGCCUCCGCGUGUCGCGUCAGCUGGGCCGAGCGGCGGAGCGUUCCUCGAGGAGCACCGAGCCCCUGCGACAGGCGGCCAACUUGCACAACCUACGCGCUGGUAGGAUCGCGCUGGCCUCCAGGGUGCGACUGCGUUGCCGCUGCCACGGCGUGUCCGGAUCGUGCGGCCUGCGAUCGUGCUGGCGCACGCUGGCGCCGCUGGCGUCGGUGGGGCGUCUGCUGCGCAGCCGCUAUCGGCGCUCGGUGCGGCUGCGGCGUCUGGGCGACCCCCGGGCGCGGCCCUCGGACCUGGUGCACGUGCGGCCGUCGCCGGACUUCUGCCGGCCGGAGCCCGGCGUUCCGGGUAGCCAGGGAAGGCCCUGCGCCGAGCCGGCAUCGUGCGGCCGCCUCUGCUGCGGCCGCGGCUUCGAGACGCGCACCCUGCGGCGACUGCAGCGCUGCCGCUGCCGCUUCCACUGGUGCUGCUACGUGACCUGCGACACGUGCGAGACCAGGGUGCAGCUGCACGCGUGCCGCUGAGCUGCAGUGCUUAGCGGGUCUCGGAACGCAUGUACAUUUCAUGCUCAAAAUUAGGAAACCUAGACAAUUUGGGAAACGUGGCUAUCUUCUGAGCUGUACCACUGUGUUAACGAAAAAAAAAAAUAUUGUGCAAUAGGUGUCUACAUUCAAGUCGUAAAAACUACUA